AUGGCCGAUCAACCCAUUGCCGUCGGAAACGACAUCCAUCGGCUCUUCGAUCUAUCGUGGGUUGCUAGAAAAUGGUCGUCGCGAGGAAUACAUGUACGCAUCUGCAAAUUGAACUCCCACCCCCACUCUUCUCCCUCUUUCUUUGUUGGCUUUCGGCCCCUGUCUAAGAAUGCAUACAGCCUACCAUCUGACGAUCAGAUGUUCGAGACCUAUGAGGCUGGACACUUGCUCACCCUCGUUCUCGACUCGGAGAGGGAUAACCCUCUUUUCCGGUCGCCCAUUGUCAAAAAUCCAAAACACAUUCUCGAUCUUGGCACCGGCAAAGCAACCGUUCGUGGCGUCGAUCUAUUCCCGCCCCCUGUUUCCUGGAUGCCCCCUAACUGCGUUCUGGAAGUCGAUGAUGCUCUACAACCUUGGACUUGGCGUGAACCAUUUGAUCUGAUCUACAUGCGAAUCAUGAUUGGCUCCUUUAGCGAUCCAGAAUGGGAUCGGAUCUAUAAGCGGUGCUACGAGUGGGUAUCUCUCUAUCAUGGACGCCAUCUCGAUGCUAAUUCAAAUCUGGACCAUAGUAAUCUGCGUCCCGGUGCUUGGAUUGAGCAGGUAGAGGCCAGUCCCGUCAUUUCGACUGACGAUGGCAGCAUCCCCGAAGACAGCAUCCUUCAUUCAUGGGGUAUCAACACCAGAGAUGCUGCGAAGAAGAGUGGUCGCGAUCUGGAUGCCAUCGACAAAAUGACCGACUCAAUUCGCAAGGCUGGAUUCGUCGAUAUUCAGGAGAAAAAUUACAAAUGGCCUAUCGGACCCUGGCCACGCGAUAAGAAAUACAAGGAGGCUGGCACUGUGAACGCUCAGCAUUGGCUUUCCGGAAUGGAGGGCUGGUGCAUGUGGCUCCUCACCAAGUUUGGAUCCCCUGUCCCAUGGACCAAGGAGGAAGUUCAGGUCUAUGUGGCCAAUAUGCGCAAAGAGCUCAGGACGCCCCGCUAUCAUGCCUACCAGCGCGCACGACGAGUCUGGGCUCGCAAGCCCUUCCCAAACGAGACGGUGGGAAAGAGAGAAGAGAAUAAGAAGGAAUAG